UGGAUUCUCAAUAUAUAACUCUCAAAUAUAUAUUUUUCCUUGCAACUUCCUAGCAAGACUCUUAUAUAAACUCGUACACCUAUACAUGCAUCCUAUUCUUUAAAAUAAUUAAAGUUUCAAAUUAGCUCAAGAAUUGGAACAUUGAAAGUAACUGAAUCAGAAUCAGCAGAGGAGUAUUUAUUUAGUUCCGUACGUACUUUGUCACCAUGUCCGGGAGUGGUACCAGAAGAGAGAACAGUACUAAUAAACCCCCAAAGGUUGUGAUAAUCAACACGCAAUACGUGGAAACCGACAUCAAGGGCUUCAAAAACGUGGUACAAAAGCUGACCGGAAAGGAUUCCAAGGUGGAAGACGACGGCGACGAUGGCCAGAGAGCGUUGAAAAGAUGGUCUGAUCAUAAUGACAACGCCAAGCAGUUUGAAAGUAGUACUAGCUCUAGUAGUCAUCGAAUGUAUUCAUCAUAUGCUACUCCAGCCGAUGUUAGAACUUUGACGAGAGAUAUCUCCUUCAAAGAGAUUGAGAGAUUACUUAGAGAUAUGCCGCCGAUUGAUGAGAUGUGACCGCUGUUCAUGACUAACCUUUGAUCGGAUUAUUAUAUACGCUUAUUGAAAUUUUGUUUCAGUUUCUUUUUUUUCUUUUUUCUUUUUUCUUUUGUUGUCGGUAUAUUUGUUUAUUUCAUUAUUCGUUAUAUAUUUGAUAUUUCAUCGUGUGA